CUGCUAUUAUAUAUAGAUAUAGGCAUAUGAGUGGUGUGUGCAUGUGUAUAUAUCUAAUUUAAUUAUCAAUUAGAAAAGCGAUAACGCCUUAGCUUGGAUCAUCUAUCCUACUACUAAAUGGAUAUUAAUGAUGUGGUUGUUGGUUCUGUAUCCGAGAGGAUGCAAAAUGAUCAUCGUAAUUUGUUAUCGGUUAAGAAUAAGAAAAUUAAGAAGCCCAGAUUUGCUUUUCAAACUAAAAGUCAGGUUGAUAUACUUGAUGAUGGCUAUCGAUGGAGAAAAUAUGGACAAAAGGCUGUCAAGAACAACAAUUACCCAAGAAGCUACUACAGAUGUACUCAUGAAGGAUGCAAUGUGAAGAAGCAAGUACAGCGCCUUUCCAAAGAUGAAACAGUUGUAGUGACUACUUAUGAAGGAAUGCACACUCAUCCUAUUCAAAAGCCCAAUGAUAAUUUUGAACAAAUCCUCCAUCAGAUGCAUAUUUUUCCUAAUCCUCCAUGCCAUUUAAUUAAUUAAUGCUCUCUUAUUACACUUUCAAAACAGAUAUUUACUACAGCUACUACCAAAGAUAAAUGCUUCAUUUGGACUA